UCAACACAGUGGUUGAGCGUGUAAUAAUUACUGACACUAUAACGCAUAGAGAUGGUUUAAAAAAAGUUAAAUAACAUUUAUAAAUAAGUUACCAACCUACAGUUGUAAAUUGUCAGUGUGAUUUUAACAUGGAUACCAAUGACAGUCAUUGCACUCCUUUGGAGACCAACAGUUCUGCAGCACUAAAUUUCGGCGGGUCACCUGGAAGUUCUGAUAACAUGUUCCUGUAUGAUGACUCGUCAAUGUCCGACGGCAGUUUAUACGCUAGCGACCAAGAAAACCAUUCUACGCCAAGAAAAAGAUCGGAAUGUCGGCGUCAUCACAAGCGACGUCUGCGCUGCCCUCAACAACAGAUACAGCAACGCCAAGCGGCCAACCUGCGCGAGCGCCGCCGCAUGCAGUCUAUCAACGACGCCUUCGAAGGACUACGUGCGCACAUCCCGACCCUGCCUUACGAGAAACGGCUCUCUAAAGUGGACACGCUGAAACUUGCCAUCGGAUAUAUAGGCUUCCUUGGAGAACUGGUACGCGUGGAUAGAAACGCGCCAGACACAAUGCUAUCCGGAGUCACAAACAGCCAGAAGUUAAGCCAUGAACAAAAGAAAAUCAUCGUACGAGCUAGACAAAUAUUAGAUGCAACCGGCGUACCAACAGUCGAGGUGGAUAUGGUAACUGAACUUGGUCUAUUUCGAGUCGGGGUCCCUUCAACGGAUCUAAAGAAGAUCGCAGAAGCAGUUCAGCUCCGUGACAACAAGCCUUCGGAAUUUGCUGGCAAAGGUGUAAACAACGCCGUCAAAAAUAUAAACACCAUCAUUGGUCCGGAACUGAUCAAGCAAAAUCUCGAAGUGACUAUGCAAAAAGAGAUCGACCAAUUCAUGAUAGCUCUGGACGGUACUGAAAAUAAAUCAAGAUUGGGCGCAAACGCUAUUAUGUGCGUGUCUUUGGUAGUAGCUAAAGCAGGAGCAGCCAAGAAAGGAGUUCCUCUCUAUAGACAUAUUUCCGACUUGGCUGGUGUGGCCAGCAUUAUAUUACCAGUACCUCACAUCACAGUUAUAGUGGGCGGUAUCCUUAGCAGUAACGGGUUACCGUUUCAAGAAUAUAUGAUUAUGCCCACAGGAGCCUCUAAUUUUGCAAACGCGAUGCGUAUAGGAAGUGAAAUAUAUCACUACGUCAAAAACAGUAUUUCAGCCAAAUAUGGUGCCCAAGCUGCUUUUGUCAGUCACACCGGUGGAAUGUCGAUACCACUGGAUAGUCACAGAGAUGCCCUUAUGCUUCUAACGGAUGCCAUAAAACAAUGUGGGUAUAUUGGCAAAGCUGAAAUCUCUAUUAAUGCGUCCGCUACUGACCUGUUUAAAGAUGGGGCAUAUGAUUUAGAAUUUAAAAACCCAAAUUCAAAUCCUCAGAACUACGUGUCCUCUGAUAAGCUCGCUGAAGUAUAUUUGGACAAUAUGAAGGAGUUUCCAGUGUGUUCAAUAGAAGAUGCAUUUGAAUUUGACGACUGGGCGGCUUGGUCUACCUUGACAGCGCGCACGACAAAUCAAAUACUCGGUAACGAUCUAACUCAGACUAACGUACGCAGAGUUGGAUUAGCCGUAGAAAAGAAAGCAGGAAAUGCCAUUUCGCUGAGACUAAAUCAGUCAGGUACCCUCACUGAGUUGAUAGAAUCGUAUAAAUUGUUGAAAUCUAAUGGAUUUGGUGUGUGUGUAUGUGAUAGAUGGGGCGAUACAGAUGAUCUGUUUAUAGCAGAUCUUGUGGUAGGUCUGUCAGCUGGGCAGGUGAAAUGCGGUGGUCCAGUACGAGGUGAGCGGGUUGGCAAGUACAAUCAAAUAAUGAGGAUCGAAGAAGAAUUAGGCGCCUUGUCGAAGUAUGCUGGAAAAAACUAUCGUGGACAUAUGUAGACCUGAAAUAUCCUUUAGAAAUUAUGUGUAUGUGAAUUAUUUAAUGCUUCUAAAUAAAAUCUUUAAACAAUA